AUGACCUUUAAGCUUCAAACUCAAGCUCAAUUUCUUAACCUACACUGCUCUGUAGGUUUAACAGACUGGGACAUGGACCAGGAGCUGAAUCUGGUAACAACCACUGACCAAUUCUGCCAUGAUGAUAAACCUGAUCAAUAUCUGGCAUAUAGGCCUUCAGCAAGAGCCUCUGAAAAAGAUGAGUUCAUUUGGUAUGACAAAACAUCAGACACUUUUGUGAAGCCAAACCUGUGGCUCAUAGUCAAUCCUAACAUUGCCUGUCCAAUCCUCUACGGCGAACCUGCAGCGGAUCGGCAAAUUGCCCAAAAUGACCAUGCAGAGGAAAUCCAAAAGCCGCUGACUUCGUGCCCACAAGCCACAAUACAGAACAUGUUCUCUCCCCAGAGGGAAAGAAUGCAUGUUCUCUCCUCCCCCAGUGGCCAUAUGAAUGAAGGCUCCACUUACCAGACAACACACCGGAAACGCAAGGGGAGACCCAUCAAAGUAUGGGAUGACAGAACUUUGAAGCCAGGAUGUUGGCCUCGUCCACCAGUAAAUUAUUGCAUCCUCAUUGCUCUAGCACUUAAAAGCAGCCACAACGGGAGCCUCAAAGUCCAGCAGAUUUACAACUUCACAAGAAAACACUUCCCUUUCUUUCAGACGGCUCCUGACGGUUGGAAGAACACAAUACGACACAAUCUGUGCUUUAACAGCAGCUUCCGCAAAAUCUACAACCAGAUGUGCAGAGAUGGUAAAAGGAAGUCCUGCUUUUGGCACCUGACUCUUGACGGCCAUUGCCGAUUGAGGGAUGAGAUCCGCAUGUUGACAGGGGACUCUUUAAAGCUGUUGGAGAGGAGCAUGUCCUGUCCAGAUAUAAUUUCAAAAUUACUGGGAGAGUAA